UAAAACACUGAGAACAUAUCUAGGCCUAUAAACUACACAAGUACACGGUGAACCGGAAUAUGUAUCCGCUGAGCUCAGGCUCGAAACAGAUAAAAACAGCCAACUCAGGCAAAACACCUGCGACAUGUUUAAUAAUUAAUCAAGCGCAGAAUACGUGCUAAACGAGUUCACUUGUACCCACGGUUUUUGUUCACGGGCUUAAUUGAAUGGUCACAUGAUUAUUCACAGAGCACUGCAGCCUCGGGCCUAAAGAGAAUGAAGAUGAAGAAGCUUAUCAGUCUGGAGUCAGCUGAGGAAGGCCUCGCUCCCGGGGAGUUUUCAGAAACUGAUGCGGAGUCUGACCUUGUGAUAGAUCUAGCCUCCCCUCUUGGGAAGACUGAAGCUAAAGAGAGGGAUGUCCCCUUGUUGGAAUGCACAAUGACAGACUGCUCUAUGACACGUGCAGGUUUCGUUUGGUCAUCCCCUGAGCCGGACAGUCCUCAGUCUGCUCUUUAUAUUUGCCCUCAUGAGCCUCUUCCUGCUCUAGUAGAAGUCAGUGUUGCACAGUGUGCCUACAGACCUGUGACAUCAGCCCAGGACACUGUGAGCUCCACUUCACCAAGAGCCUCUGCCCAUGACCCUGUCACUGCUGCUGCUCACCUGCACCUGCUCGGAGAGUCACUGUUACUUAUUGGACAUUACCUACAAGAAACAGAUAAACAUGUAUGCGUGUCUACCAGUUUGUCUGUCCUGUUGGACUCUCUGCUGUGCACCUUUGCUCCUCUGGUGUCCCUCAGCUCUCAGGUCCCAGAGCUGCAGGGCUGUGUGGAUCACAUUGUGGACUCUACUCUGGAAAAUGUGUCCUACCUGAUGCCAGGGCUGUGAGUAAAAGUAAGAAUGGCAUCAUGUGGCAUCAUUGUGUUUGGGCUGCUCUAAUUAAUAAGCACAGAUG